CUCGCGCAAGCGCAGGCGCCGGGCUGCAGCGGCGGCUGUGUCGUCGCCCGCUACCAAGAAGGCCCGGCCGCUGGUGACACUACUGCCGGCAGGCGACGAUGGCCAGGUCGAGAGCGGGUCCGAUCCCGUUGAUUCAUGCCCGCACAUGCAGCGACUGGACUUGUGCUCGGCGGUUCUGGAUGAUGUGGUCCAGGGCGGACCAGUGGUGCCAGCCUGUGCUCUACAGGCUUGUGGCGCGGUUGCAGGUGGAGGCGGCUUUGCGCUCUGCCUCACCUGCGGCUCGGUGGCGUGUGCGGGGAGCAAGGAUGGGCCGGCGCGCGGCGCGCUCUCGCCUCAGCACUGGCACGCACGGACCCAUUUUGGCGAUACUGCGCAUGCGCUGGCGCUUCUGUUGCCAUCGCGGAUUGUGGUUUGCUUCUCGUGUGACUUGAGCCUCGGCCGCGGCGUCGACACUGACAAGGGCGACGUGGCCCGCCUCUUCGGCUCCCUCUCGCUUGCGCAGCCGGCCACGCCGGGUCGCACCUUUUCGUCGGUUCCGCUCACCCCACGGCUCUCAGUCCCAUCGUUUGCUGAAGUUGCCAGCCACCGCGCAUCAGUUCGCGCCCGCGAAGUGCUCGCCGAGGCCUUUGCCGCCUGGCGCGGCGUGGUCCGUGACGCCCGACACCCGCCGGUCAAAUCCAAGCCGCCGGCUUCCUCGCCGGCCCGCGACACGUCGCGACUGCUUGCACCGCGACUCAAGGUUGACAUUCCAUCGGCAAGUUCCGUAGGUGCAGGUGCCUCGCUCACCAGGUCGUCGCUGGUCAUGCCGCCAACGCCGCGCCGCACAGGCUCGUCGCUCACGGAGGCACUGGCCUCGCCUGCGGCAGGCAGCGCUGGCCUCGGGCAGCGGAUCCCGGGUCGAGUCGGCCUCGACAACCUUGGCAACACCUGCUACAUGAACGCGGCUAUCCAGGCGCUCUCACAUAUCGAUGCCUUUCGCGACUUUUCUUGCAGCUCGUCGACGCUCGACUGCCACCAACUGGUCGAGUCUGGCCAGGAAGAUGAAGACUUGGAGCUCGCUGGUGCCAUCCGCAACCUCAUGCGAGUCCUGUGGUCGAUUCGCUGGGAGUACGUCGUGCCCAACGAGCUGCAGGCCGCCGUGUGGAAGUUCCUCCCACGCUUUCGCGGCACGGACCAGCACGAUGCCCACGAGUUCUUCACCUUUUUCCUUGAUACCCUUCACGAGGAACUGUCGUCGCGGAGCUUGGCGCUCGCGACCAUGAAGCGCAUGUUCUGCGCAAGCAUGAGAACCUCGCUGGCUUGCCUCGGCUGCGGUGCCGUCAAGCACAACGACGCCGACGCCUGGGACCUCAGCAUCGACAUCCCGCCCAAGUUUCACCAGUUCACACGAAGAAGCCGCGGCCGUGUCGUCACUGUCUCCUCCUCCUCUCGACGCAAGGAUGUUCCGCUCGACACUUGCCUUUACGCCCUUUCCCACCCCGAACUCCUUGACGCCGCCAUCGACUGCGACGCCUGCGGCGGCAAGCAUCAGGCAGAGGUGACCCCCUCACUGACGAAAACGCCACAUGUUCUCCGCCUCCAUGUCAAGCGCUUUGUAUGGGAUAAGAACGGCCCGGCCAAGAUCGCCACUGCCAUUUCCUUUCCGCUCACCAACCUCGACGUCGCGCCACUGCUCAACAGCUCGGCCUCGCCGGCUUCGGAGCUCUAUGACCUGGCUGCAGUCAUUGUCCACAUCGGAUUUAGCCUCUCCCGCGGCCACUACAUCACAAUGGCCAAGACGCGCUCGCACUCGGGAGCCACCGUCUGGAUCAAGUUUGACGACAAGAAGACAACCGUCGUCACAGAAGCCGAGGUCCUCGCCGCCGAAGCCUACAUCCUUGUCUACGUCCGUCGUGAGUUGUAG